AUGGCUUCCCUGAGAGCGGCGCGUUGCGCCAUCACACCCGGCCUGCGCCAAUCCAUCGGUUUCUCAUUAGCAAGGCCACUUACCGCCUCUCUUCGCCCACACCUUGUCUCGAGGACGGCACGAUCACCUCAACGAGAAAUCGGUGCCAGAAACUUUAGUCUAGGCGGGCUCGUCAACAGCAGCGUCGAAGCUACCUCGCAAGUAGUUGUUUCGCUGCACUCGAUGAACGCGACGGGAAAUUGGACAGGCACCAUCGUGUUCUCGGCCUUGCUCAUCUCUCUGUGCAGAGCACCGCUUCAAUACUACGCCAGACGCGUCGUUGAAAGACAGGGAGAAAUCGCACCAUUUAUGGCCGCCUGGAGUCACGUAAUUCGUGGGACCCGUCUCUCAAGGGCCAUACAACUAGCCAAGGUUCGGAAACGAAUGCUGAAAGAGCUAGGGGCCCAGAAUUGGAAGACUUGGGCCCCAGCACUCGGCCUGCCCAUAUGGUAUCUCAUGUCUGAAUCUCUGAGGCGUCUUUGUGGUGCAAACAGCGGACUUCUAUCCUUGCUCACUGGCAACUACAAGAACCAGGAGGUUUCAGCCGGUGUCGCCUCGACCUCCGUUACGGAACAGGCAUCAGCAGCAGCUUCUUCGUCUGCCGAUGCUGUAUCUAGCAACCUGGAUUCACUAAGCUAUGUUGCGGAAGGCAUGGCAAAUGGUGGCGUGCUAUGGUUUACCGACCUCACGGUAGCCGAUCCAACAAUAUUGUUGCCUGCUAUGCUGAUGGGCACUCUGGGCUGGUUAACGAUGCCUAGAGGCGAAAUGAGGAAGUAUGUAUUCAACCUCUCAACAUCUGAGCAGAAUGUGCCUCCGGGUCUGAGAUGGCGAAUUCGCCUCCAAAGAGGUCUACUUCUCACGGCAAUCUUGAUUCCCGCACUUUGUAUCAAAUUGCCAGCAGGCAUAUUUGUCUACUGGAUUUCUUCAAUGAUCUUCUCCCAGAUCUCUGUCAAGAUUAUGGAUAAAGUACGCGGCAAACACGACCCUUGGAAGCCAUCCCCUCAUUACGAGCGCUUCCACUUGCGGGGGUUGUAG